AACUACAAGUAGUGUGCAAUGUUCAAAAAUUAUCUUUGGCUAUAUUCACUCUACAAGUGUUCACUACUAUGGUUGUGGUUGAAGUUUAGCUGCAUUUUUUGGUUAUGUUUAUGUUAGUAAAAAAACCUUAUUUUGUUAAUAAAUUAAUAAAAAAACAAUGAAGGGUAGCGAACGGUCUAAGUUUUGGCCUCUGUUGAACAUAGCUAUACUGUAUAAUUAUCGAUUUGAUAUAUCUGUGUAUACUUUCCUCUUUGUUUCCACAAUUUUCGUUAACAAGUAUGUUUUGUCAGUGCUGAAGUUCACGUACCCGACAGUGUUUCAAGGCUGGCAGACAUUUGUGGCGGUCGUGGUUCUGAAAAUACUCUCGCUCAGGAACAAGCUGGACGUAACAGCGUUUGACAGAAAUGCAGCAAUUAGCAUCAUCCCUCACUGUUUUUAUUUUGUUGGGGCAAUCGUCGCAGGAUCUAAAGCUCUAGCGUUGCUGCCGGUCCCCGUGUUCGUGUGCGUGGGCAACCUGUCGGGAGCGUGCGUGUUCCUCGUGGCGGGCCCCUCCGUCGACCGGGGGCUGGUCACCGUGACGGCCGGCCUCCUGACGCUCGGCACCGCUGUUUCCAUCGUCGUCCUCGACGUUAGCCUGCCGUUUGCCGACUCGGGCUACUCCUGGUUGUUAGCUCACGUUGCGUUCGUCAUGGCACAGGUGUUCCACGCGAGGGACUUCAGCUCACGAUACACAGACAUGGACAGACUGUACUACAGCAGCAUUUUCAGUGUGGUGGUGCUGGCGCCGUCCAGCCUCUACCUGGAGGAGGCGUUCUCGGCGCUCCACUUCCAGCACCGUCGCCAGCUCAGGUUCUACGCGGGCUGUGCGCUGAGCGGGCUGCUGGGAGUGGCGACGCAGCUGUGGGCCGCCAGGGCGCGCUCGGAGCAGUGGUCCGGCCCCGCGCGCGGCCUCGCGCAGGCGGUCGCCUGCUGCUUGUACGUGCCUGUGUUUGGCGCGUCCGACGUGGCGGCCGGCCUGUGGCCGUUCGUCGCCGCCAACCUGGCGGCCGGCGUGUUCGUGCCGACCGGCCUCGCGCAGGACGACAAGGGCACGGCCGUGGGGCUCGACGUCUGAGCGAGGCAGAGAUGUAGUGAAGUACAGGGACCUUGCAUGGGACGAGAGGGCUCGAGUUUGAGCGGGGCGUCUUCUCGGGAGUCCCAGACAAUGUGUUAAUAUAGUACAGGGAAACACUUGGUUUGUACACUUUCAAGGGACCAGGAAAAUCGUGAAAUAGAAAACAGGCUGGUGUAGAACGAGGGAAAUAUAUAGGUACUGUAUGAGCUUUACUAACUUAAGACUACGGAAAGUUUUUUUGAAAAUAAGGUAAAUGUGAAAUCAGGGGGUGUGUAAAAUUGUGUUUCUACUGUAGUUGAAAAAUGAGUGGGUUAAGUGUGUAUAUGUAGUUGUUUUUACAGAUUGUGAUGACAUUCCUUACAAGUAUUUUUUAGCAAAGUGUCCAGCAUGCAAAUUUUGUGCUGAUUUAGUGCUGAAUUUUUAUAUUUUUGUAUCAGAAUGCAAAAUAAAUUAGAAUAUUAAGGUUUCACAAGACUGCAGCUGUUAAAAGUAAGAGGUAACUAGUUGCCUUCUUGGGCAUGUGACUCGUGGAAACCCUGGGAGUGGAGGGUGAUAAAGUCAUGAGCAUUUCCUAGCACGUGGCUAUGAAAUUAGGUAAUCAGUUUUUUUUUUUUAAAAGAAGUUUUCUUACUGUCAUGGAUAUCACUGUAUUUAUACAGUAUUGAGAAUCAAAAUGUUCCUUAUAAAUCGCUUAUGAAAAAAACUCCUAUUAAAGCUUUUUAUUGUCCAAAAUUCAAAAAAUUCAUCUUUAAUACUAAUAAGAAUCUUUUUGGGAGCGUUCACGAUGUGUUUUUUUUUUGUGUCUGGUACCACUCCUUAUGAGGAAAUGAGCAUAGAGACACAGCUAGAGACUGUCCGAGGAAGUGACCUCACCCACUUGGCUUGAUUGUUGUUCCCUUUGUAUCUUAAUGAUGCUAAACCCCCCCGGUUCUAAGUGGGGCAUGCUGUACAUGGACUUAGUCGAUAAUACGAAACUGAGCUCUACGCAUGUCGCGCCAGCUCUCCUGCUUAAUAAGGUCAAAAUGCGUAGAGUAGGUUUCCAUAAUACUAAUUGUUCAAAGUGCAUCACGCCGAUGCAAAUUGGGUAUAGCGACACAAAUUGCCUGGAGGCAUGUGACAGGUUGUUUAUUCUAGAGCCACAUGGUCGGCCGACCCGAAGCGAUGCAGAGGGCAGCUGCUCUCUCUGGCGAGCGGAAGUCAUUGGGGGCAAGAAUCGCGGUAGUUGGCAUCGGAGGGGUGUGUGCUGGUGCUAGUUUUGUCAGUUUCAAAUUUAAUAUGCAACAGGACAAAACUGAAGAUACUAAUAACACUUAAAAUACAAUCGAUGACAGUAUUAUAUCAAAAUGUUGAAAGCCCUCGGUUAUUAAAAAAUACACAAAUUAGUAAUUAAAUAAUAAACAUUUAAAAUUAUAGUAAUGUAAAUUUUGUUGGAGCCAUCAAAAGUAAUUAACCAAAAAAAGUCAAUGUAUUUAUUAAAAACACUUUUACAAGCCAUAAAACUUUAAAGAAGACAUACAAAAUAAAGCACAGUAACUAACAAUGCCGGCGCACCCACACACUGCCAACCCUUGAGGAUGUGCCAGCACAUUGUUUGGAUUACCACCCACUCACACACACAGUGGUCAACGCACCAGGCCGGAGACAUGUCGCAUCUGACUCGAGGAAGGGCAUGGAUGAUUUCAAUACAAAAUAAAAAAAUAUUCAACUUGUGUAGGCAGGGGUAAAGGCUCUUAAAUUCUAUUAAACAUCUACAAAAAAAUCUUUUUAUCAACAUUUGACUUAAAGUUUUUUUUUUUUUAUGUAUUGAAGCUCUGUACGUAGCUGGUUGGCCAAGCCUUAAGGGGCCUUCCAGCCAGGAGUGCUAAGUGCGACGCUAGCGCGGUAUAUUCUCUGAACUGUGCGGAAACCAUAACAUUAAAUGGCGAAUAAAUGAAGACAAAGAUGUAAUGCUAAGCCCUUAAGUGAUUUCAAGAAUCUGUAGUAGGAGUUUUUUUGUUAAAAAAAAAAACUAUACUGAAGAACACGUAUUCAAGCCAUCUUCACUCUUAUAAAAAUACGGUUUGAAAACAAAAUACGGAAAUAGAACUACUACAUACUCGUCCAUCCUAGGCUUAUUCUUAAAUCCUUUUGACAAACAGAUACCACUCAGAUAGCAUGUGCCAUUUUUGAAUGGUGUGGUUUUUUUUCUGAAGGUGUGGAAAGGUAGGCAGAUCCCUUAAAGUCUGUCCGUAUUAACAACACGCUUGAGCUAAGUUUGUUUGAUCGUGUUUGUUUGAUGGGGUUUUAGGUAAUGUGACACAGGCUGAUGGCUGUGGGACCUUCAGGAUCAUAGCAGGCUCCGAACCACGUGGCUACUGACUCAGUGUGAGCCAUGCCUGGGUGUUGGUAUCGAACACACGACUUUCACCACAUUACAUAGCAUGACAUUUUAGUGAUGAUGACCACCUAGGACCCAUUCCAUUUGAGUUAAGUAAUAACGAGAGACAAUAGUUUAUGGUUUUAUUUUAAGGCUGAUUUUGUUUAUUAAAUAGGAGAUUUCGGUGUUUUUUUUUAUUAAUUCUGUUUAAUUCGUAACAAUAUCACAUUAUUCAACAAAUAUGACACUUAAUUUUUCACAAAAAAGUGUCAUUUUGACUGAUACACGAUUCACUUUUACAAUAAAUAAUUUGUAAUAAGCAUCUCUAACUAUUCGGAAGGAUAAAAAAUAAAUUGCAAGUAUGUAUAUACAAGUUUGAAAAAUGCACCAAUCUUGUAAUGUAAAAAUGAGUUACUAAUAAAAGUUGCAAAAUUAAAAAAAAAUAUCCAAACUUUUUAUUACGUACAUUUUGGUACAAAGUUAAUGCUAAAUAAACAACAUUUGUUGAAUUUAAUAUAUAAAAAGGUAAUGCUUUUGUUAUUUGAGUUAAGUUGUUAAAAAUGCUGAUUUAUUUGAUGAAUUGAGCUGCAUUUCCGAGCUUUAUGUUGUAUUAACUUGCAUUCCGGUGUUAUAUAUGUUAUAUUGACAUGCUUGUUCCUAGUAAUUAAAUUCCUUGUACCGUCAGUACUCUAAAAAUUGCAAGGCUAAGAAUAAAUUAUAACUAAGGGCUGUAUAUCACCUCCGGACAAUAGUUGCUGAUAAUUUUGUAACUCGAUAAUGAUGAACUCUUCUUAUCGAUAUCAGCAGAGUUAGCUCAUUAUAAACAUUAUUAGAAAGUAUCCAGUGAUAAGUGGAUUGUGUUUAUUGUUUAAGGUGUAAAUUUGUUAUGAUGGUUCAUAACACAGUUCUUUUAAUUUUCAUGUGUUUAAUCUCCGAGAAUAUUUUCUCAGAUAUUCACAAGAAAUAUAACCUUGGAAACACCAUCGAAAAACGUAACUCUCUGAUCAAAAUGUAUUAUUUAAGUUUUAUUAUUUAGUAGGGUUGGUGCUUUAUAUAAGUUUAACUAGCUUGUGCCUAAAAUGUUUUUAAUAUAUUGGAGUUGUGAAUAAUAAUAAAAUAGUAGCACAGCUAUGAACUUGAAUAAUAAAUAUACAUUUGUUAUUAUUAUUAUAUAAAUAUGGUUUUAAAAGAUAACCAUAGUUUCAUACCUUUAAAAACUCUUCCUUAGUGUGAGAUUUGAAUCAGGACAAUUUUUGUUUGAAAAACUGACAUGUUUAUUUUAAAGGUCUCGAAUUUUAGGAUUUUUAUGGUUAUUUUGUUUGUAUACUAAUUUUCUACAUAUGUGAGUUCCCAGAAACCUCAGGAACUGAUAUCAUUUUUUAGCAAGCCACUGCCAUUACACCAAUAUUUCAUUUAACAGCAGUUCAUCCUAAAUAUAGCAGGAAUGGGCCAAUCAUAUAAAAAUAUUAUAAUUUUUAAUAUGCGAGCAUACAAGUAAAUGUAGGAUUCAAAAUUCAAGGGAAAAGAUUCAAAGAAAAAUAUUAGAGGGAAUAAAGUAAAUUAAAAAACCCAACACUGAUUUCUGAAGUUUACCAGCUUAAUUGUUUUUUUUUUUUUUUUUUUUUUUUUUUUUUUCAUAAUGGAUAUUUAGUUUGAGAAACAACCAUUUAAUGUUAGAAUGUUUCAACACUAUAGUUAAAAUUUUUCAUUUAUUUUCAUUAUUUUAUUUUUGACUCUUGACACCUACAUUAAGAUUCAAAGGGUACAUUCGAGGUACUACUCAAAUUCAAGAUGAUUAUUAGAGAAAAUUGGGAUUUGACAUAUCACUAGUUGUAACAUAAUAAGUUUUGAAUUUAUUCACUGAAUAAAUUCACAGAUCCUUAAUAAAUCACAUAUCAAAUAUUUAAAAUGUUGUUAGUUGUUUACUUGAAUGAGAAGAGAAAUAUUUGCGUAUGUAAAACCUCAUUAAUAUUAAUAUUUCAAUUUUGUCCUGUGUUAAAUGUUAAUAGAUGCAUGUUAUCAGAGAAUUACUAAUUAAGUGUGAAUUUUCAAAUGAGUAGUUUAUUUUUUGUAGGAUAUAAAAAUACAUAACUUCAUAACUUGUAUCUAUGUUAUUUUGGUAGAAAAAAUAGUUAGUGUAAUAUUAUAUAAUUUGCAAUGUGGUUGCAAAAAUUGUUUUAUAGGUCUAUUUAUGUUUUUUUGAUCAAAUAAUGUAAAAUUUAAAUAAUAAAUGUUGUGAGUAGGUAGGUAUAUCAUGAAAACACAACUUUUAUUUUUAAUUUAAAUGUAAAUAUGAGAUAUCAGGGUACAUAUCUCUAAUUAUCAGCCAGAAGUCAAAUAGUGGAAACUAUUGGCAGUAUAGAGUAUUCCAUAUAUGUAAACCUUUACCAUUUUAGUGAUAAUUUCUCUUGUUAGGUAAGGUACAUGUUAAAUUAAACAUGUACUCUGUGAUUACUAUCCCUGCCGUUAUUGAGUGAUGUGCAUGUAGUAAUUUGAUCGUAGAAUUUGCUAAAAAGUUGAACUCACUUCAACAGCAUGUUUUUUUGCUGAAAACUCACAGGAUUACCAACUCUCUGAUUAGAAACAAGGAUUUCUAACAGAAUUUGGUGUGUGGAAUGUUCUAGCCAAGAAUCAGUUUUGUCGUUAGUGAGAGAGCUGGCUUCAGUGGCUAGCCUUUGAGCGAGACUGAGGAACAUUGAUCUGCAUCAUGUCAAAUUUGUGUGGAUGACGUUCAAGACAGUUUUCUGACCUUACCAUAAACAUUGUCUCACCGAUGAAGCCAGCAGACAAGCCACUUGUACGACACCUGUCCGAGAGCGGCAGAGAAAGGAGUGUUGAAUCAAAAAAGACUUGCGAAAGAAAAUGAUUUCAAUCUCUGGUUACUGCGAGGCCAGACAUUGUGUCUAUUACGUACAAUUCCUAGUUCCACUUCGCUGUUCACAUUGACGUCAAAAAACAGGUGAUUUUUAGGCUGCUGAAAAUACAAAAAAUUUUCUCAAAACACAGCUGCGUUCUGAAAAGGUUAGGGUCCAGUACCUGUUGUCUGCUUCCAGAAUUGUUAGUGGUGGCAAGUCCAAGUAGAGUCUUGGAGGCUGGCUCCCAACUUAUCUGUAUAGAAAUACUUUUUUUUGGAGGGGGCGGGGGUGGAAUGGGAAAGACCUUAUAUUCUGGACACAAUAACUCCCCUUCACGAGCUUCUGAAUCUGCCACUAUUGUCCGCCCCAUUUUCGUCAAAGAAUUUGCGGAGCAGCUCGACGAAUGUCCAACAAGAUGUUGCAACGUGCCGUCCCUUUGAUUUGUCAGCGGCUCUCACAACCAUUUUCUAUUUUCUUUGACGACAUGAGACCUUGGUGAUAACAGAACUUAAACUUUCUAGGUUUCCGCCUGCAAGGCUACCUGAAGAAUCUGGUUGAUUGUAAUAGACCCCCGCACAUCUGCGAAACUCCAAGAGAAUGUCACAAAAAAAAAUUGUAAAUGCCUACGAGGACACAUUAUGGAAAACAUCACAGAAUGUGGUAUGAGUGGUACAGUUGUUUCUGGAUGAAUAUCUCACAGUUACCAUGUUGUUAUGGGCAAAUGAAAUGGUAAAGGUUUAUACUCAUGGAUCACUGUAUAUGCCCACUGUUAUGUUUGUGAGUUGAGAUAUCUUUAGUUAACCUUUUCUUUGUACAAGCAUUUCUGAAAUGGUUUAAAGACUACUAAUUUUAUUUCAUUAGAAAUGCCAUAUUGUACAGUGGACGUUGAGAAUUUUUUUACCUUUUUUAAUUGCUGCCAAUUUGUAAUGUCUAUUUUUUAUCUGGCUGAUAAUCUUGAAUCAAACACGACUUUUACUCUGCAUGUGAGCAUCGAAACAGAACAUCCGAUCAUCAGGGAAGAUACGUAAAAUCAAUGAUAAUUUUUAAAACUGUUUAUUAUUUUAAAAUCACAGUAUCUGUUUUGUUAGUUUAUAGUUCACUCAGUACCUACUUAAUCAUCAAUUGUUGUAAUGAAGUUAAUUGAAUGUUUCUUCUGCACUGAUAUAGGGCAGUAAAGGUAUCUGUGAUAUGUAUUCAGUAAAUGUAUUAAAUACUGACCAUAAGAUUUGUCUCUUGCAUAUUUUAAUGGUUGUAAUUACGUAUUCAGUAAGUAUGUUAAAUACUGACUAUAUAAGGUUUGUUUCUUACAUAUUUUAAUGGUUGUAGUUGUAAUCACAUGUGGGAAAUCAUGCAAGUUAUAAUAAAUAAUUGUUGGUAGUAAAGGAGUAAGAGAUAUGCAACUCAGUGCUACGACUCGUAGGCGUCAUACAAAAAGCAUAGUUGGAAAGCAUGGAUUGUUUCUAACCCUUAUCCAUGUACCAGUGUCUCCAGUGUUAGUUAUUCAAGAGGAAGAGGCGUUACUUUACAUUUCUCUACACAACCCGCAUUAGAGAAUAGGUAUGUUUGCUCAAACAGGGUGAGAGGAAUGCUGACAAGGCUGUGAAAGUAUCUGUAUUGUCUUUUUGAAUUUUCCCUUAAAUCUCCCCAUCAUCCUGUAAGCCAUACCCCGGAGAACCUGCCUUCCCGUUAUUCUUGUAAAGGCAUGGUUUUAUUUUGCUCAAGGAAUAAAUCUUAUUGCCAAGUUUUGUCUUAUCACAGGCUUUUUCACAUGUGUUUAUUUAUGUAGCUUAAAAUAAAUUAAUAUUGCUUUAGUUUUGUUGAAAAUCUGUUAUACCAUUUGUCUGUAUUUUUUAUGGCUCGACUUUAUAAAGAGUUGUGUUUCAAAAAUCA